AGACUCUUGGGCGAUUUUCGUGCACGCAAGCAACUGCAUCAUGAAAAUCUUUUGCCUCUGCUCGGUUUCAGUCAUGAGUUCGGGCUACUUCCAGCGAUGGUUUCUCCCUGGAUACACAACGGCUCGCUCACUACAUAUCUUGAACAUCAUUUCACAGAAAUGACCAUCAAACAAAAGCUCCUGAUCGUGAGUUGCUUCUCAGAAGUGCUGUUACAUCAUGUCCACUCGAAGGGCGUUGUCCACGGUGACCUUACCGCCAACAACAUUCUGAUAGACUCAGACCGCAAUGUCCACGUAGCAGACCAUGGAAUUCUUACCAUGUGUUCUGAGCUCUCAGGGACUUCAUACAUCAGGAGCAACGUGCGGUGGGCUGGACCAGAACUCUUCGAGGUCCCCGAGAGCGAAGAAUCAUUGACUCCACAACCAGCCAGCGAUAUCUAUUCCUUCGGAUGCAUCAUGCUUCAGGUUAUGACAGGCAGACCACCUUACGCAGAUGUGCGAAGCGAUCACCAAGUCAUUGUCCUGAUACUGAAGGGUAAGAAGCCUACAAGGCCAUCGAGUCCGCACGACGCAGAUUCUUUCUGGGAUUUCAUCGAAAAAUGCUGGGGUGAUAUAGGACGUCGCCCCUCUGCCGUUGAUGUUCUGAACUUCUUAGGAUCAGAUCAUAUUACUGCGCUAGUUAAACAAACACAGAGCUGA